CUCUUGGACACGUAAGCGACCCAACGGGACAUGUCCUGAACCGUUCGAAGCGCCGUGUGAGUGUGAGUUCUGCAAUUAUGGCGCGAAUCAACAUCCUCGUCGUGGUCUUCAGCUUCGUCUUCCUCUCCCUCCUCCUCCCCGUCAGCGCGCAGUUCGAUGGCUUCUUCCAACAAAUGUUCGGAGCAGGAGAACAGCAGCAGCAACCACAAGACAGUCCGAGCACGCCGGAGUGGUAUCGUCAAAACUAUGAAGCCGCUCGAUGCUCGAAAUACCUCUGCCCGGGCACUUUAGCAUGUGUCCAUUUCCCUCAUCACUGCCCAUGUGCGUUCGAGAAACACGAAGAGAAAGUCGAGCUCGGCGAAGGCAUUGCGAUUUGCGCCAGCAAAGGGGGGUUUAAGGAGGGGGAGACGUUGCGAAAGGUUGAACUUGCAAGAAAAGGGUACUUGUGACCGGUUGUACAGCUGGGUGCAGAGGAUCUAUACAGAGUUCACAAUCAUUCGGUGUAGAUUAUGAAGCAAUUGCAGAUACAAAUGGAGUCUGGGUUUCGCACAGAAUAUAGAAUCCCGUUUAACGCAUCUAA